CGUCCCGCCUGCAUCUCUUGCGCUUGCCCUUUUUGCACCCGACUUUUCUCGCCACACUACAGGCGCUCGCUGCAUCAUUUCAGUUGGAUUCUGUGUCCUUCCACAGCCAAAGUGCUGACAUCCUUCAAAUACAGACAGCGCGCCCCCAGGCUCUCGACGUCGAACCCCGUCGUCAAAACACACAUCACAUAUCCCCAGACAUGGCUCUGAAGCGCAUUAACAAGGAACUCACUGACCUCGGCCGCGAUCCGCCCUCGUCGUGCUCUGCCGGCCCUUCGGGCGAGGAUCUCUUCCACUGGCAAGCGACAAUCAUGGGUCCUGCUGACUCGCCGUACGCUGGCGGGGUUUUCUUCCUCCAGAUCCAGUUCCCUACCGACUAUCCCUUCAAGCCUCCAAAGGUCCAAUUCAAUACGAGGAUCUACCACCCCAACAUCAACGCAAACGGCAGCAUCUGCCUCGACAUUCUCCGUGACCAGUGGAGCCCGGCAUUGACCAUCUCAAAGGUCUUGCUCUCCAUCUGCUCGAUGCUGACCGACCCGAACCCCGACGACCCGUUGGUGCCCGAGAUCGCUCAUGUAUACAAGACGGACCGAGCCAAGUAUGAGCAGACAGCCCGCGAGUGGACCCGGAAGUAUGCUGUUUAGCAGUUACGACCGGGUGGGGGAGGGAGCGUCGGUUUGAAUGCGAUCGUCGAUCGGACCGGGUUCCGGGCGCUUCGCGUUGUCUACGGGCCGGCUUGGGUCUCUGGACCUGGGAUCUCUGCCUCUUGGACUCCGCGGCGGGGACAGCGUCUUUGUUGAAUAAGGGCGCGGUAUACCCGCGGAACGGUUUAACAUGGGGAAUCGAUGGGAGCGAUAUUAAUUUGCCAGAGGGACCACAGGCUGGCAGCAUCGCCUCCAUCAUUCAUACUGCAUCAUGUAGCCUGGAAAUCGGAAGAGUUCGACCACUACAUUUGCCGUCGGCGGAUCAUCUCAAUUGCCUGUGGAACAUGUGCGCGUUGUUGAGCCGCCUGGCACUCCAGUCGUCCCCUAAUUUGGGCCUAGAGACCUGGAACUAUAAUUGUUUGGUUUACUUGCGAGUGCCUUCUGCUACGUUGAUCUCAGUAAUAGUCUAGCUGCCGGCUGAUUUCAUCGAAGUUUCGCUGGCGCAACACGUAGCAGCGUCUACUCGAUGGCCGUAACUUGCAACCUUUUGCGUUGCCAUGACCCAAAAGAUGCUCGGGCGCAUAAGGGUAAGGCGCCUCCAAGCUGAUCAGCCUCAGGUCAACCACACGACUGUAGUUUGCACCGUC